AAGCAGACGGCGCAGGAACGCUUGCGGAGCGCAGGUCCGGGGCCUGGCAUCGCCGCGUCGCGGUCGGUGCUUGGCUGUCCGGUGUGAACCAGGGGACUAGGCUUUGGGGCGACCGCGAGUGCGCGCGUGGGGGAUCUCGGCUGGCCUCAGAGCUCCAGAGUCCGGUCAAGGGGGCGACUCCUGGUCCCCAGUUAUAGAGUCUACUAACCUUGCAAAGGGAGACGUGUAGCGUUCUAAAAGGGUAGGAAAAACAGAGGAGAAGCAGCGAAGCUGAGGCUGACGGAGACGCACCUGGGGCGAACCUGUCCUCACCGGUUCAGAGGAGGACCCGAGCGCUGACCCUGUAGGCGCGAGCACCCGGCUGCAGGGCCAGGAGCCACGCAAGCGGUGCGAUCCGCGGGGCUGGGGCUUCCAGCACCUUGGGUCACGCCUCCUUGGCGAGAAGGCGCCUCGCCUUUGAUUGCUUCCAGUCACUGCAGAACUUCCUGGCCUGGUGGAGAAGCAGGUCUCCUUGGGGUCCCGCUUGAGACUGAGUCCACACGGUUCUGGGUCCCCGAACCAGGAAGGGUUGGGGGAACAGCAUCUGCGAGGAACCUUCGCGCCCCGCGUGACGGGGUCACGCGUUGGGGUCCUCCCUCUGCUAGCAUUCGCUCCCUCCUGGCUCGGCGCCACCCCCGGAACCCCUCGCGGGGAGAUGGCCGCGUUGAUGCGGGGCAAGGACUCGUCCCGCUGCCUACUCCUACUGGCCGCGGUGCUGAUGGUGGAGAGCUCGCAGCUGGGCAGCUCGCGGGCCAAACUCAACUCCAUCAAGUCCUCUCUGGGCGGGGAGACGCCUGCCCAGGCUGCCAAUCGAUCUGCGGGCAUAUACCAAGGACUGGCUUUCGGCGGCAGUAAGAAGGGCAAAAGCCUGGGGCAGGCCUAUCCUUGCAGCAGUGAUAAGGAAUGUGAAGUUGGAAGAUACUGCCACAGUCCCCACCAAGGGCCAUCAGCCUGCAUGGUGUGCCGGAGGAAAAAGAAGCGAUGCCACAGGGAUGGCAUGUGUUGCCCUGGUACCCGCUGUAAUAAUGGCAUCUGCAUCCCAGUCACUGAGAGCAUCCUGACCCCUCACAUCCCUGCGCUGGAUGGCACUCGGCAUAGAGACCGAAAUCACGGCCAUUAUUCAAACCAUGACUUGGGAUGGCAGAAUCUAGGAAGACCACACACCAAGAUGUCUCAUAUAAAAGGGCAUGAAGGAGAUCCCUGCCUGCGAUCAUCAGACUGUAUGGAAGGGUUUUGCUGUGCUCGUCACUUCUGGACCAAAAUCUGCAAACCAGUGCUCCAUCAGGGGGAGGUCUGUACCAAACAGCGCAAGAAGGGUUCACACGGGCUGGAAAUUUUUCAGCGGUGUGACUGUGCAAAGGGACUGUCCUGCAAAGUAUGGAAAGAUGCCACCUAUUCUUCCAAAGCCAGACUCCAUGUGUGUCAGAAAAUCUGAUAAGCACUGGGGAAUGUCAUCACUAGCAGACUGUGAAUUUGUGUAUUUAAUGCAUUAUGGCAUGGUGGAAAAUAAGGUUUGGAAUACAGAAGAAUGGAGACUAUGAUGAGAUACGGAGCACAGAAAGGGAGAAAUGAAAGGAGAGUUGAAUGGAUUAGGAUGGGUGACAACUGAAGCACAGCCAGUGUUUCCAUUAUGCAACUUGUUUAUGUAAAUACUGUACACAUUUGUGAAAAUGCUAUCAGCAAGAGAAAGCCCACAGUGGAAAUUACUGAUAAAUAUCAUGUGACUUUGCAAGAGUUGAGGUUGUGCUGGAGGAGACAUUUCCUUUACAUUCUGACGAUCUAUAAAAUGACCUAGAAGCCAUAUUUCUAUGCAAAGUUAUAAUUUAACAAAACACUACCACCUUACCUUGACAUAAGAUAAUCUCUAAAACAUGAAAAGAGUUGAUAAGUAGGAAUUGAAAAUGUUGCAUAAUUCUCAUGCAUUAUGGAAUGACUUCUUAAUUUGGAAAUCUACUUUUAUUGGUCAAUAAUAGACAAGGUAAAAAGAAGACUCAAUAUUUUCCAAAUAAUUUCAAGAUAGUGACAGGUCUUUUAGUCAUUAGGAAAAACAAACAAACAAUUCUUCUUAAGCUGCUCAUUGAAAUUAUUUUUUCAAAAAUUUAAAUCACCUGCAAUUCAUGCAGACUGAUAUAAGAUAAAAAUAGACUCUAGAUUCUGAAGGAAUGGCAUUCCACUGUGACUCUUAAUGAGGUUCCUACCUAAACUACAUUUACAAAUGGGAACUAGUGUAAUAUAUGCACAGGGAAGAAUUUUCACAAAGAUGUAUAAAUCAUAUGGAAAAAUAGAGCUAAUGGAAAAAUCUAAGUUUUAAAAGCUUUGACAUACCCUAUGCUUCAUAGUAUGAGACUGGUAAACACAUUUCUUUCUGCCUAUCUCAAAUAAAGUAGAGUGAGACUUGAGUGGCAUCUGUACUACAUGAAAGCACAGAAAAGAAAUGGUGAAAAUUUUGUCAGUUGUCCAGGCUUUGACACGAUUAAGGUCACAUGUCUGAAACAGAGGCCAACUUUUUAUCUUUGACACCAGAGGCUGACAACCUAAGAGAAAACUCUCAGUGGGUUUUACUGCCAUAAUAUUUACAAUGCAGAUGAGUUCAGUAUAAGGCAACUUGCCAUUUCUACCCUCAAAAUAUUUAUGUUCUAUUUUUGAGGUUGUAAAAUAAUCUUAAUGCAAGGAGGUAUUGUAAAAUACACUCUUAAAGCAGGUGGUGUAGGAGAGUCCAUUGACCUCCCUAAACUUCUGAUUGAUGGCACCAUCCACUUUUUCUGUACUAAACUCUCUCUGCAAAUGGGUAUUUUAUUGCCUAAGAUAUAGUUUCUGUUUCUGCAGCCACUGAGGUUUAAAAUGUAAUAACUUUCAAGGCCUACAUAUUGCUAAUAUAUAAAAUCCACACAUUCUAAAUUCAUUGAAACCACUUUACUACUUUGUGACUUAAGUCAGUUCUGAAUAUGAUGUCUAGAGACUAAAAGGUAAGGAAACUUCUCAUCGUAUUGUUACUUUAUGCUUUUAACAGACCCAAGUCACUCCUUUUAAUUUACAUAAAUCCCACCAACAAUCUCAAAUUCUAAUUCUCCCAGUAGAAAUGUGGAAAAAUUUCAGUUUCCCACACCAAUUUACCAGGAUGAUUCAGAUCUAUAGGUUCUGAACAUGUCUGCUAAAACAAAAAUCAUAGGAUAACUUAUCCAAGAGCCAAAUUUUGUGCAAACAGGCUGUGUAAGCUUGGUGACAUGAAAAUGGGACAUUUCAGUUAAACAUUUCCUAUAUAGCAGUUACAUUUACAAUCUGGUUUCCAUAUUAUUUCCCUUAUAUUCAGCCUUUCAAAAUUAUUAUUUGAAGUAAUUUAUUUACAGGAAGUGUUAAUGAGAUGUAUUUUCUUAUAGAGAUAUUUCUUACAGAAAGCUUUGUAGCAGAAUAUAUUU